UAAAGUAACUCUAAACGUUGUGAGCCCAGUCUCUGAUAUCUUUGACUACUUUCACGCUACUAGGGCGAUCAACAGCUUUUCCAAUUCAAAUCAAAUGUAUGCCAUGGCAUUUAAUGUCAGCAAAAGCUGCCGCUAUGUACUGGGUAGACAUUCUAGCGUCAUGGCUACGUCAACGCAGUUUGUGAAAUUAUAUACACCUAGAUCAACCGCCAAGAUGCGUUCGUGCUAUUCCUGUGCUACGCAAGAGAAAAAUAAAUUUGAACUCGAAUCUCACUCAAGUGCAGCUCAUGUCCCGGCUGUAACUUCACAGGAGAUGGCCGUUUCGGGGGACAGGAGGGGAAGGUUGGUUGAGAAUUUCCUACCGUUCUCUAAUUUCCUUACGGACAACUAUGGCCGAAGACACAGCUAUCUGCGCAUGUCCCUCACGGAGAAAUGCAACCUUCGCUGUCAGUAUUGUAUGCCAGAAGAGGGGGUUAAGCUCACCCCUCGUGCUCAGCUCAUGUCUACCUCUGAGAUACUGACAGUGGCUCGACUGUUUGUUCAAGAGGGUGUGGAUAAGAUCCGCCUUACCGGAGGAGAACCGCUUAUCCGACCAGACGUCCUGGACAUUAUCACUGAGCUGAGGAAGUUAAAGGGCCUGAAAACCAUUGCUGUAACCACCAACGGUAUGAACCUGGAAAGAAUGCUGCCUAAACUGAAGGAGGCUGGUCUUGACCUGCUCAACAUUAGCCUGGACUCCCUGGUGCCAGCCAAGUUUGAGUUCAUCGUCCGUCGGAAAGGUAGUAGCUGUGGGUUCGGAAAGAUCCUGCAGUGUGAAAGGCUCCUUUUCCCCCCCCUAGGGUUCCACAAAGUCAUGGAAGGUAUUGACAAAGCCAUCGAGAUGGGCUUCAAUCCUGUCAAGGUCAACUGUGUGAUUAUGCGGGGCUUCAAUGAAGAAGAGAUUUUGGACUUUGUGACCCUGACAGAGAAUAGGCCUCUGGAAGUACGCUUCAUUGAGUACAUGCCAUUCGAUGGAAACAAGUGGAACUUUAAGAAGAUGGUCAGCUACCAAGAGAUGCUGGACUAUAUCAGACAGCAGUGGCCCAGAUUGGAACAGCUUCCCAAUGCAAAGACAGACACAGCCAAGACAUAUAAAGUGCCAGGCUUUCAGGGACAGGUAGGUUUCAUCACCUCCAUGUCAGACCACUUCUGUGGCUCCUGCAACCGGCUACGCAUCACGGCCAACGGCAACCUCAAGGUGUGUCUGUUUGAGAACAUGGAGGUGUCGCUUCGGGAUGUUCUACGCUCCGGAGCAUCUGACCAGGAACUGCUGGAAAUCAUUGGUGCUGCCGUGGGCAGGAAGAAAAAACAACAUGCAGGCAUGUUCAGUAUCUCCCAGAUGAAGAACAGACCCAUGAUUCUCAUCGGCAUCACACCCCAAAGGCCUCUGUCCCUACACAAAUCCAGAGUCAGACAGAAAUCCUCUCCCUCCCAUUCCUGUGUCUUCGAUUCUCCAGUUGAUUCUCCAGUUAAUCCUCCAAUAACUUUGUCCAUUACCUUCCGACAGUACCUCUGUGGUGACAGUAUUGUAGCAGUAUCGUGCCUCUCAGGCUGCACUGUUUCAACAGUGCUGCCUGAAUUCAGCUGCUCUGGAACCCAGCAGUGCGGAAGGACCCGUCAUUGGUCCAAUGUGAAAAGUAGCCUUUACGGGAAUGCUGCUGACUACAAUUUAGUCCCCUUCCGACAAUAUGGGAUUGGAUGCUUACAAACAAACAGUAGUUUUCAAACUAAGGCUUCUGGUACUGAGACACACACAAAAGCACUGAUUCACAAUAACAUACACUGUCUCAGGUAUAAACUUUCCUUGGGUUCAAACCUAAUUAAAAAAAAUGCCCAGAGAAAGACCUCUAGGAAUACUUUAAUUUGCACCUUAUUGAUAAACACUGCAAUUCUGGCCUACCAUGGCUCACAUAGCAUAAGGCAAUGUCACAGUCAAACUCCCAGUGAUGACCCCCGAGCCAAACUUAUUCAACCUACACAGGAAUACAUUGGAGGGGGUAUUUAUUCCUCAGACACCCCUAUGUCAGAAAACCCAAUGACACAGCUGACCCAUACCGAUGCACAAGGCCGGGCCUCCAUGGUAGAUGUUGGCGGCAAAUCCCUGACACGGCGAAGUGCCACAGCUAUGUCUACCAUUUAUCUUGGCCCCACUGCAUUCCACCUGCUUCAGAACAACCAGUUAGCCAAGGGUGACGCAUUAGCUGUAGCGCAGCUCGCAGGCAUCAUGGCUGCCAAGCAGACCAGCACUCUUAUCCCACUCUGCCAUCCGCUGCCCCUAGACCACACCUCUGUCACCUUCAACCUUGAUGCCACCCACUACGCAGCCAUUGCAACGGCGACAGCCUGUACCACAGGCCGCACUGGCGUGGAGAUGGAGGCACUGACAGCCGUCACAGUUGCAGCGUUGGCGCUUUACGACAUGUGCAAGGCAGUGAGUCAUGACAUGACCAUCACUGAUGUCAAACUGGUCAGCAAGACAGGUGGAAAGAGGGACUUCCACUGUGAACCUUGACUGCAUAGUCUUGACAAGAGUUGACAGCCCAGGUUCAGGGGUUAAUAAACACAUUUAUCGAAACUAACUUAAAAAUGCCUCAUGAGCUUAGUUCAACUGUCUUUCCCAAUGAGAGCCCAUUAUAUUUUCUAGUUUUACUAAUGUUUACUUCAAACUAUAAUUUGUAUUAUUAAAUUGUAUGAUCUUUUGAGUGGUUACAUAUCUCCAACCUUAUCCCUCGUCUUUUUACAGGGAUGAGCAGGGAUAAAACAUUAUUGUUUUAAAGACUGGUUAAAAAUUUAACAUGAUGGAUGUUUAUCAGAUCUGUCGUAAUUUAUAACAAUUUAUCAAUUGUUUAAUUGGAUAUCAUUGAAUUUGGAUAAUUUGGGCUGUUUUUGUGCAAAAUAAGUUUUUCAGGUUUAUUAUAAACAUCUGCUAAAUACUUGCUGUACACUACAUAGUAUAGUCGCAAUUAUUACAUAAUUAUUACAUAAUUGCUUGAUCACGAUUAUUUGAGCCAGAUGGCAAUUCUUUUAUAGACAAUUAUCUUUUAACAAACUUUUAUCUUUUAACUGCACCAUAUUUUUAUUCCAAAAUCCUAUGUUUCCAGUCUGAAUAAGGGUAUUUUUGGCCAAUGUUAGAAAUGUCACAACAAAUGCAAGGAAAAUUAUGUCAGUUUCCAUCAGUUAGACAAUGCGCAUUAAAAUGCAUGGAUAGAAAUGUUAUCCAAUUGCAUAUUAAACGUUAACACGUUAAGCUGUGUAAUGAAGGCUGUUUCAAAUAAUUAGGCUGUAAUAUUUGCAGCAGAGUGGACGGUGAAACAUCACAAUACACAGCAAAAUGUCGUCAUUGCUUGGAAGUUGCGUUUUGUGGGCAGCGAUCAUUAACACAGCCGAACACAGCUGCACUGCACUGGGCACAUUUUGGUUUGAGCCAAAUUGAAAGAGGUGAGCCCAAUAAUUUGGAGGAGGCAAAUUGCCGGAUUUGCUCCAGAAAGGUGGUGUUCAAAAGCACAAACACCACAAAUUUUAAGAAUCAUCGCCGGAUACACCAUGUGUAUAUGGCAUAACAUUUACAAUAUAGAUUGGUCUCAGAGACUAAUCUACGUAAAUCUGAGACACCAUUUGCAUGAUAUGUUAAAUUUAGUUGACCGCUAGAGGCAAUAGUGAGCAUAUUAACAAUUGCAAUGAGUGUAGGGGUUGGUGGAUGGGUGCAAUAUGCACCAACUACACUAUGGUAAACAAUUUUAUAAAAUAUUUUAUCCAAUCAAAAUAUUUUAUCAGUCAUUGAUGUUAAAAGUAUAUAUUUAACAUUGAAAACAGAUUAUCUGGAUAUUUUUACAAAUCUAAUAUAUUUAAAUCACACUCACACAGCAUUGGCCACAUUGUAACUCAAAAGAUAUGAAAUUAAUAUUGCCCAUAAAAAACUAUUCUAUACGCCGCAGUGAAUGUAUUGUAGGAAAUGUUUAGAAAACUACAGAGUGAUUAUGU